GAACCUUGGCUAGGUGACCGUUCGCUCGACGCUGCGUCGCGGCGGCUCGAGAGCAGCACGCUUCUCUUCCGGAGCUGCCUGCCGGCCACCUCGCGAGCGAGCUUGCGACCGACCGACUGACCGAUACACCGCACUACCAGCCCGCGAGCACUCGAGCAUCAGGCUCAGUCGCGAAUCGCCGACCGAGCGGGUACCGCCAGUGAACGCGUCCGCCAGCGAGCGUGUCCACCGUCGACGAGCACGCACACUUCCUUCGCACGUUCACAGACCCACGCGUCCCACGCGACCGAUCGCGUUCACGAGCUUCGACGAGCUCGCUUCUCUGCGUCUGAGUUCACGCGGCCGAUGAUCCGCCACGAGGAGAACGUUCCCGUUUCGUCGAUGGCCAUGUACGACGAGCCACGCGUCGAGCCCGAGCGAGCGUAGUUCCGUGCGUGAGAGGACGAUGAGACAACGCGAUCGAACGACGACGCAGACCGCAUCAUCGAGGGAGUUCCGUCGCGAGGAGCGCUUGUAAACAGAAGUGACCAGAAGUUCCGGCCGGGCCGCGUUCCGCUCGACCUAGGAGGAUCGUGGGAGUACCGGCUUCCUGGAUCGUCCUCCUGUUCGUUCUGUGCCGCGAUUACACGUGUAGGAAUUGUUCAGGAAGGAGGACCGGAUUCGUGAGGUGACGUCCGAGAAACAGACAGCUCUUUACGAAGACGAGAUUCUUUUCCAGGAAGAGUUCUCCGCGAUCGAGACGUCGAGCCCAAGAGAUGAACGAGGCGUGCGAAGGAGACAGAUCGUUCGCGGAUACGUACGAAUCGUCCACGAAGAUGAUCCUGGUUGAUCGGGCAGUCGGGGCAAUAACGAUUCUACGCUGAGGAGGUCAGGAAGCCUCGCGAGCUCUUGGAAGUUGCGUCGUGUGACGAGUAACGAGCCCGAGACGACGGUGCGACGCAUGCGACGUGCCGUCUAUCCCGAGAGCUCUCUGCGUCGUGGAAAAACAUCUGCGCGACCGGUGAAGCUUCCGACUCGCGUGUGGCCUCCCCGCUCUGACGCGUUACGUCGACGGACGGGAUCAGCAGCGUGGUCCUUGGGUCCUUCGCGUUAUCUGCAUCCGCGACGAGCCUCGAGCGAAUAAAAAAAGCUCGCGCGUACAGAAAACGACGCAUACACGCACGCACAGGCCGCGGACGAUGCUCGGGACCAGCGUCGCUCGUCAGACGACUCGUGGGAAUCGUGGAAACGUUACGUUGGUCACUGGACGCUGAUCCAGCCCCGUUUUCGUACGCUCGUCGUUCAGUGUUCCAUUCUUCGAUUCAAAUCGGUGCUCUUGAAGUUCUGAUCGCGCGAAGAACACUGCUACCACAACCCGGCAUCGGAUCGAACAAAGAUCGUCAGAAAACGUGGCAUCGUGCCGGUUUCUUAGAAGACGAAGAACGAUGAACCUCCCGGACGAUGUAUGUUAAUCAAGCAGAGGAAAGAAGUAACCGAUUCAGGCGUACGCAACGUUACCUGCUCGCGGAACUCCUGCAAUUAUAUUAUUUCGGUUCGUCGGUCGAUGUGUGUAGUUCAUGCGAAGAUGAUCUCGAGUAGGUGCCAGUUUUGCGGGUGAAUGGAACCGAAGAACAUUCCUCCGUUCCGUUCCCAAUUUCGACGAUGUAGUAACGAGGUUGGCUCGGUGGAAGAUAUUUCGGAGCAAGGAUCGGAUCGUGGUUCUUAAUCCGUGACGCACGAGAGAAGAGGAAUAGAGGAAACAGGUGGGAGAUCUUGUGGUUCGAUACCGAUCUCCAAACCGACGGAGAGAAAGAGGAAGAGGAGAGAGAGAGAGAGAGAGAAAGAGAAAGAAGCGGGGACGAAGUAAGAAACGGAAACGGUGUCGAUGAUGGUGGAAGGCACGCUGCCAGGAGGCAAUUGGCUGCCGCGGUGCUCGCAUUUCUUAGUUACAUUUUGCUAAUAUCGUGAGUCAAGUGGGAAACUGAGAGUAAACAAAACGAUAAACGCUAGAGGAAUGCCGAGGGGAUACGAUGAAGGACUUGGUGGUCGCGCACGAUCUUAGGAUCGCGGUGUCGUCGACGUCGUCGUCGCCGUCGUCGUCGACGCGUAGCUGGUGUUCCACGAUCAGCUAAUACGGACGGGGGUUCGUACGAACGGCGACGAGCGUCCAGCACGGAUCGCGAGAGAUCGUCGAGCACGUUUUCGACACGGACGAGACUCGACGUUUCUUCGAGGGAUUUCUCUCCCUCCGUUUGUGUACGAGAAUACUGUGCUGCUUUUCCUCCGGGGAUUCUAGCUAAUCGAGCUUCGCCCGGAUCACUUCGUCGAAUGCGUCGGGAAGGAGGACACGAAGAAAAACGGUCGAGGGAGGAACACGCGAUCGAGACAUAGAUAGAAGGACCACGGAGCAGAAAUUAUUGGAAGUCAUUGAACACAAGGAGACGAAAGCAGGGUUCCCAAUUGUAAAGAUCCGCUCGUUCGAAGUCGCUGCAAUUGUUCGGACUCGGAGUAAGUGUAUUGAAGGAGAAUUGAAUAAAUCAGGAACGGGGCGAGAUACGAUAAGAAGGAGAAAAGAGAGUAUCCGAAGGAAGGGAAGAGAAAGAAACGGCAAAAUUAGCUGAGGGGAUAAAAAAAAUAUUGGAGGCACUAGUAUGGCCUCGGUGGCAGCGUGGCUGCCGUUCGCCCGAGCGGCGGCGAUCGGUUGGGUGCCGAUCGCUACGCAUCCACUGCCACCGCCGCCGAUCCCGAAGGAUCGUCGCAAAGCCGACGACGAGAAGCUCCUGAUAAACGUCAGCGGUCGACGCUUCGAGACCUGGCGGAACACCCUCGAGAAGUAUCCGGACACUCUUCUCGGAUCGAACGAGCGCGAGUUCUUCUACGACGAGGAGAGCAAGGAGUACUUCUUCGACCGUGAUCCAGACAUAUUCCGGCACAUAUUAAACUAUUACAGAACCGGCAAGCUGCACUAUCCGAAGCACGAAUGCCUGACGAGCUACGACGAGGAACUGGCGUUCUUCGGUAUACUGCCGGACGUGAUCGGCGACUGUUGCUACGAGGAUUACCGUGACCGCAAGCGGGAGAACGCGGAACGUUUGAUGGACGACAAGCUCAGCGAGAACGGUGACCAGACCCUUCAGCAGUUGCUGGACAUCAGGCAAAAGAUGUGGAGGGCAUUCCAGAAUCCGCACAUUUCGACGGCGGCGUUGGUGUUUUAUUACGUGACUGGUUUCUUCAUAGCCGUGAGCGUGCUGGCGAACGUGGUCGAGACCGUGCCGUGCGGUAAUCGUCCGGGACGCGCCGGCACGCUUUCAUGCGGCGAGCGUUACAAGAUCGUCUUCUUCUGUCUGGACACGGCCUGCGUGAUGAUAUUCACCGCCGAGUAUUUGUUGAGACUGUUCGCGGCGCCGAGCCGGUGCAAGUUCGCGCGGUCCGUGAUGUCCAUCAUCGACGUGGUCGCGAUCCUCCCGUAUUACAUCGGUCUCGGUAUCACCGACAACGACGACGUGUCCGGCGCGUUCGUCACCCUGCGCGUCUUCCGCGUGUUCCGGAUCUUCAAGUUCUCCAGGCACUCGCAGGGACUCAGGAUCCUCGGUUACACGUUGAAGUCCUGCGCCUCGGAGCUCGGCUUCCUCGUGUUCUCCCUGGCCAUGGCCAUCAUCAUAUUCGCCACCGUUAUGUUCUAUGCGGAGAAGAACGUCGACGGUACGAACUUCACCUCGAUCCCGGCUGCGUUCUGGUACACCAUCGUUACAAUGACCACUUUGGGGUACGGUGACAUGGUUCCGAAAACGAUCGCGGGAAAAAUCGUAGGGGGUGUAUGCUCCCUUAGCGGUGUCCUUGUGAUCGCUUUACCGGUGCCUGUUAUCGUCAGUAAUUUCAGCCGAAUUUAUCACCAGAACCAGCGGGCUGAUAAGCGAAAGGCGCAAAGGAAAGCCAGAUUGGCGCGCAUCAGGAUCGCGAAAGCGUCGAGUGGAGCGGCGUUCGUCAGCAAAAAGAAAGCGGCCGAGGCGCGACUGGCCGCGCAGGAGAGCGGCCUGCAGCUGGACGACAACUUCAAGGAGGAGGAUAUAUUCGAAUUGCAGCAUCAUCAUCUACUUCGUUGUUUAGAAAAGACCACGGAUCGGGAAUUCGUGGAGAUGGAGGUGCCGUACAACGGCGCUCCGAAGAGGCCAGGCUCCCCGUCGCCCCUGACCUCCCCCGCGCACAGCACUGCCUCCAGGGGCGGCCUGCUACACGCUUGCUGCGGCCGCUGCUACCCCCAACGUUACCAGAGCUUGUCUUAUCAGCUAACUUCGAACGAGAGCAAGGAUAGAGUGGUCCUUGUAUAUGGAGACCGUAUACAAGUGCGGAAAAAGGACCUAAAGAAGCGCGGUUCCCACACCUGUGACAUGCAGGCCCUACAGCCACUUCCGGUCCCAACCACCACCACAACCAACACCGCGCCUGCAAUGACUACUUCCGGUGGGCAGCCACCGCUUCCGGUAUCGGAGACCGCUUGAGUCGAUCGCCGUAUCCGAGACCAGUCACGAUCACCAAAUCCGUUACGUUACGAACAAAAAACAAAAGAAAUAACGAAACCACCUUUAACAAACCACCACCACCAACCAACCAAUCAACCACCACCACCGUCCUCCUCUUCUACUCGAUGAAAGAACAAUGGCCAGCCGGCCGGAAGAACGUAAAGAAACAGAUACAAGGGAAAGUUGACGUCGCCUAGAAAAUGAGAGGAAAAGAGAGUGAAAGAGAAAAGAGAGAGAGAGAGAGAAAGGCAGUGAGGAAAAUAUCACGACGAAGCAAAUUGAGUAGAAAGAAACGAAAGGUCGUGUAUAGAUUCAUUGAAGCGGAGAUGUCUUCGAGGAGGACGGAAUCCGCUCGGUCCUCGAAGAGCACAGAUUCAACUUGUCUCGUGGCUUGGAGAACGGGAAGAACCGAAAUGAGGGAAGGGGAACCGCCUUACCACGUUUUCUUUUGAUCAUCGGACACCGGGAUUCCUCGCAUUUUCAAGAACGAAGAUCCGCGAACGCACGCACACGCGCCUGCACAUCAUUGUUCUUUCUACUUUCGCUCACGAGUUGUACGUAGACGAGGAUCGAUUGAUUUUAGUCAGAAUGAAAAGAUCGCCUUGAACGUCGCCAGUCCGCGAACUAGAGACCCUCUAACUUUAAUCAGGAUUACGAAAUAACAUUCACGCGUUUACUUUCUGCCUGGAAUAUAUUUCGAUGACAGGACGAAAUGUUAAAUUAAUGCAUCGUAUAAGAAACGAUGUAUUGUUAAAGACUCGUGUCUAUCGUUUGAGGUACAAGUUAAUACGAUUGGGUGAACCUUGUAAUUAUAACUACGCAGUUCGAGGGUUUCCAAUAAAAAUCAGGUCGAGCAAUGAUCGGUCAAAUUUAAACCCGAUUCCUAUGCGUUUCGAUCUCGACUUUGCCUCUCGUUCAACAAUUUCAAUUUUGAGGCGAGCCGAACCGAAAAAUGUCUCGCGAUUUGAUAAUUUCCGGAACAACUGGCGCACGUUCCACGGCCGGGUCUCGUUAUUUCCGGGCUCAGCCCCCGACGAGCCUAGUCGCGUCGACAGAGAUUGUUGGUCGAUCGAGUUUCGUUCGCCUUGUUCCUCAUGAACAUCCAUUCGCUUUCGUUUCUUGGUACAAACAAUUUCAACGUUUCCUGUUUCGAUGAACAGAAAAUAUACUAUUUUAGAAAAAGAAAUGAGAAGGAUCUUUGAGUGAAAACGUGAACAAAUGAUUUAUUACUUAUGAGCUAUCCGUCUGGUUAGAUAAGACAUAAUUUAUUUCUUGUCUAACCAGCCCAAACCACCAUAUAAAAAAUAAUUCAUUUCUUAUCUAUUGUAAUUAUACAAAUUCUAAAUUCUUUGAAGAGUUUCACUAAAUUCAAGGCAUUCGGGAAAUUGAGCAACGCGAGAGAGUCGAAAUCGAUCAGCCUCUGUGUGACGGUUUCUUCUACGGAGUCUCUUAACUCGCUAGAUUAAUAAUUAAGCAAAUACAGUUAAGGACACGCGAGAUGCGAAGAUGACCGAUGAAUUUUGUUGGGGAUGUCGUGACGAGGGAGGUCAAGCGUCAUAGGCAUCGCGAAUCGAUAGGGCGAUACGGAUGAAAAAAUGUCGCCCAGCAGCAGGUCGAUUUGGUUUUUCUAAAACCGGUGAGGGACGCAGGAUAGGUCGUCGUUAAAACGAACGUUUCUCCAACUUCCUGUCGAGCGUGCACGUACCUUCGCGUAGUUUCAAUAAUGUAAGAUGAUACCCUCGUUCUUUCAAAACUCGUCGAUCACGUCGAGUUUUCGUUUCUUUUUUCGUAAUUCGUAUAUUUAUCGUAGCCAAUUUGGACUGAGGCGAUGGAUCGAUCGUGGAGAUCGUCGCCGUCCCUUCGCGUUCCAUUCGAAGCCUCCGUACAGUCGUAUACACCGAAUUUAAUAUUGUAUGGAAACCUUCGAUUGAAAGGACGGCAAGAAAUGAAUCGACGGAUCCACGAUCGACCCAGUUCCGCUUCGAACGAUGGAAACAUCUAGUUAGAACUGUCGAAGGAAUCUCCUGUAUGACGACAGGUUUCGCGUGAUAUCGGUGUAUUAAUUUAAAUGGGCGACGCUGUAAAUAAUCAUCAUGGCGCGAGGAGAAGUCUUCUCUUGUCUGUAAUUAACUUUGUAAUUAAUUGUAAACGAUCUAACGAGCGUGAACGAGCAAAAUAAAAUGAAUCGCAGAGACGACAAGCGAGACGAGGAGAAAAUAAUAUAAAUACAGAAGGAAAGGAAUAUAUUAUAUAUAGAUAUAUAUAUAUAAAUAUGAAGAUAUUGAAGAUACAGCUAUAAGCUAUAUUGUACACGUACAUACAUACGUACACAUAAGUACUUACACGCACAUACGAGCGCAAGGGAAUAUGUAAAGAAGUACGUCUGGACGUAGGACGAGUAAUAGCGGAGGAACACACGUACAUAUUUUAUUAAACAUACACACAGACACACACACACACACACACAUGUAUACACGGACACGCGUACACGCACGCAAGUGCGUGCACGCGUUUGCAGCACCCUCGCGUCGCGCAAUAAAACAAAUUCUAAAUCAACUUUCAAACUAGAAUGUGUGCCUGAGUGAGUGGGAGAUCGACGCCCGUGAGUCAUCGAGCCAUCAGCGCCUUUUUUAAAACUCGCGUUAAGUUUAGACGGGAAAGCUUGCCCGACCCGACGAUGAAACGACUAUCCAUGACCGAAGGCUGCGUCUCAUCAAUUUCUAUAUCGACAAAUUGAACCUCUUGCUUCUUUUUUUAGAAACAGCUAGGUCGGAAUUUUCGAAGAUUGAUAUCGUAAACUGGAACUUCCUCAGACGUUUCAAAUCCUCGAUAGUUUAAAUGCGUGGCUGGAAGACAGGCAACGAUUAAAUUCGUAUUUUAUUAUUUCUUCCACGAAUGAAGCAACAGUUUGAUGCUCCGUUUUAGACGUGGGUACGAGUUGAACGAAUACGUUCAUACGUGCAUAACUCUGUUUCGCAUACGAGCUUAACGCGAUCCUCGGUGCCGGCACGUGGAUCGGUGACUCAUAGACGGAAAAAUAACGUAUAAGUGAUUAUAAGUCUAAAUAAGAGAAACAAGAAAAUAAAAUUAUUAUAUUAUAUGAU